AUGUUCUCCCCAAGGCGCAUAUUAUUACACCUCGUUUCUUGGAGCUUAGCUCCCACCACCAUUCUGGCUGCCCCAGACCCGACUUACAAUCCUUCUCUUCCUUUCCGCCCGAACAACGUAACGGGCCUCGUUGAUUUGUAUAGCUGGGUUGGAUCAUACUACAACGGAACAACUCGCAUUGAAUUCAAACCUCUAAUAGGAGAAACCGUCAACAAUUCUGUUUGCGAUAACCAACACGACAAAGAACUCGCCGUGGAAUUUGAAUCGUUACUUGGAGUCACCGAAAAGCUUUUGAAUACUAGCCAAAAUGCAGUGGAUUCUCUUCUUACUGUUUGGCAACAAGAUACAAAUUUCUCAUCUUGGUUGUCUGCCGAGACCCCAUCUUUGCGACCUUCCAUUGAGUGGUUCCUAGAGUCUACUAGAGGAAUGUACCAGGACCCGGUGAACCAUACCUAUCAGUAUUUGGGCGAAGCGUUUCUCCCAGACGGUCUAAAUUACACCUUAGCGCCAACGAAACAUGCGCCAUUCAACCUAACGGCGAAAGUUACCGAUAACAUAUCAGGCCCUGGCUCUGAGCCUUCUGGAUACAGGCUUGGUAAUUUUGAAGUGACUUUGCCUUCCUGCAAGCCCGGCGAAAAUGAUCAGUUUUUCAUCACCAUCAUUUCAAACGAAUGGCCGGGAAUUGAUGGUUGGAAAUGGACGGACCCGUUGGUGAAUCUACAAUUCGAUAGCGAAACAGCAAACGUCACCCUUUCUGGAUACUAUGCGGCGGAUUCUAGCAACUCUGAUUCCGGAUCGGAUAAUACUAGGGGUCAAAUUACAAUCUCCUUUCUAGGAUUUAUUGACACCUACCAUUCAGACAUAUUGGUGAACAAUAGUGCGAGUCCUACCUGGAUAAGGACUGUGGGGUUCGGGAAUAACUCGUUGAAUAUUGGUUACAGCAAUCAUGCCAGCGCCGCGUCGUGCGCAGGAUCUCGUGUAACGAGCUGGUCGGUUGUUAUCACCACUGCGGUUCUCGUCGUUUUCGCACUAUGA